AUGGCCAGCACGAGGGACAUCCGGGUCUGCUUGGUCGGCGAUGAAGGCGUCGGCAAGUCGACCUUGAUCAGCUCGCUCAUAAAGUCAGUUUCAGCUUCAUUACCAACAAAUCUUGGGGUCGGAUCGCGCGCUAGGCAGAGGAAGAUGCCGGUCGAUUCUUAGGUAUAUCAUACAGCAUCGAUGCUCAGAGAACACACCUCUCCCACAGGGAACACUUUGUCAAGCUCGCGCCGCGCACGGUCCUACCCGAAGUGACGAUCCCUCCGUCGGUCACGCCCGGUCAUCAGGUCACGACCAUCAUCAUCGAUACAUCUCGUCAGUCUGGCCCCACGAGAGCGGUGAGCAGCGCGUGGCGUGCCGGGGGGGGGGGGGGGGGUUGACCCGGACAGAUUGCGCUGAUCGGCAAUUUGACCGGGUGCGAUCUCCGCUUCAGCUCGAUCACAAGACCGAGCUCAUUUGGUCAACGAAAUUCGCAAGGCUCACGUCGUCGCUAUCGUUUGUGAGUGUGGUCGGCCCCGUUCGGGAUUUUCUUUUUUGACCGGUAUGGACACUCAACCCAACUGGUGUGACCUGCAACUUGUCCAGACGCCAUCGACAACCCCACCUCGUUCGAUCGCGUACCGACCUAUUGGCUACCGACGAUCCGUUCGCUCGGCGUCAACGUCCCCGUGAUCCUCAUCGGCAACAAGAUCGACCUCCGUUCGGGCCAAGUCACGAACGAGGCCCUCGAGGACGAAUGCGUACCGAUCAUGCACGAGUUCAAAGAGGUUGAAACGGUCGUCGAAUGCUCGGCCAAGUUGCCGUUGAACGUCGGUGAAUGCUUUUAUUUCGCCCAGAACGCGGUCCUCCAUCCGACAGCACCCUUGUACGAUACGAGGGAGCACGUGAGUGGAUCAAUGUUUCGAUCGUCGGAGAGCAGCGCAGUCGAGAGAUGACUGAUUGAAGAAACGCUUCCUCCGGACGGACAGACUUUGAAACCGGCUUGCGUCGCCGCACUCUCUCGCAUCUUCAAACUCUGCGACAUCAACAAGGACGGCCUCCUCUCUGACGACGAACUGAACGAUUUUCAACGCGUAUGCUUCGACGCACCUCUUCAAGCUCGAGAAUUAGCGGGCAUCAAAGAGGUCGUCAGUCGAGGAACGCAAGACGAUCAUCAACCGGCGAUCGUGGACGACGCUUUGACCGAGGAAGGGUUCCUCUAUCUGCAUACGUACUUUAUACAAAAGGGACGGUUGGAGACGACGUGGAAGGCGUUGAGGACGUUUGGGUACGGUGAGGACCUCAGUUUGAGGGAAGACUUCUUGCAUCCUAGGUCAGUAUCGAAACAAUUCAACCCGGCGAGUCGAAGGGGGGGAAAAAAACCCUUUAGCUGAUCGGAAACCCCGAUUCGCGCUUCCGGUCAACUCGGGGGGACCAGAUUCGACAUCCCCGCGGAUUGUACGGCCGAACUUUCCCCCAAGGGUUACCAAUGGUUCACCGACAUUUUCGAAACGUUCGACAAGGACCGCGACGGUGCGUUGGCCGCUUGCGAAUUGGACGACCUCUUCUCCACGUCACCCGGUAACCCUUGGCUCGCGAAUGGGUUCCCCGGUACGACGAUCACGAACGAUGGAGGGAACGUGACGCUGCAAGGUUGGUUGGCGCAGUGGAGUAUGACCACCCUAUUGGAACCUAGGGUCACCUUGGCCUAUUUGGCCUAUUUGGGGUAUUCUCAUUCGGGCGCGAAUGGUGGGAGUGGGAUAGGGCCCGGGUUAAAGUCGAGUGAUCCGACUUCGGCUUUGAUCAUCACCCGCCCGAGGAAGCAGGAUCGGAAGAAGGGGACCGUACAGAGGAACGUCUUUCUCGCUUACGUGCUCGGAGCGGCGGGUAGUGGUAAAACGAACCUUUUGAGGGCGUUCGUAGGGAAAGGCUUCAGGGAGAGACACGAACCGACGAUGAGGAACGAGACCGUCGUCGGUAGUGUGGAAUGGGGUGGCGGGGAAAAGUACUUGGUGGUGAGUUUUUGCGUUCGUCGCCAAGUCGGGAUCGGCAUCGUUUCGAUCGCAAGUGGCGAGAGGCUGAACAACACGCUGGUCGGGGUUGUGAUUCGCAGUUGCAAGAGUUUGGCUCGAAUUACGAGUCGGAAAUGUUGAGGAUGGCGAAGAAGUUGGCGAUGGCCGAUGCGUUGAUCUUUGUUUAUGAUUCGUCGGAUACGAAUUCGUUUUCCUACAUCUCCAAUUUACGGGUACGUUCGAGGACGUGUGCUUUCACCAGGCGAGCCGGUACUGAUACCUUACCUUAUUCGGGGGGGGGCGCCCUUUUGUCCAGCAACAAUUCAAACUGGACGACCACCCCUCCCUCUUUGUCGCGACGAAAUCCGACCUCGAUUUGGCGCAACAGAGGCACGAGGUUCAACCGGAUACGUAUUGUCGCAAAUUGGGCUUACAGGUCCCCGUGGCCGUGAGCGUGAAGCAGGCGCAAUUGGCGGAUUUGUUCCAUACGAUCACGAGCGUCGCGACGCAUCCGUACGUUGGUCUUCUUCAAGACCAGAGAGGGGGGGUGGGAGGGCCCCGUCGCUUGCGGUUUUGGACUGACGAUGAAUGCCGGUUUUUGGAUCUUUGUUUUUUAACCAGGCUCAGUUCGAUCCCCAACUCGAACCGCAAGAACGCCAACUCGUCGAGAUCGCUCCUCGGACUAGGCAUACCCGCCAACGCCGGUUUCACGACUUGUCUCUACGCGACGGCGGGCGUCGUUGGCUUGUUCGCCGCCGGGGCGAUGGUGUGGAAAUCGGUUGUUAAAGGCAAGGCCGUAGGGGGUGUCGUCGUAGGGGGUUUGGGAGGGACGGUGGGGAGGUAG